AAGUUUGUUGUAAUGACACACGUACGAAGUCGGGACCCCUUCAGUGUUAAAUUGUUAUUGUGACCAAUUCAAAGGUCAUCUGUACUUUACAACGAUUACUGUCUAAUGUGCUACGUUAAAAUGCAUUACAAUUACAAAUUGCCUGUAACAUUGGAUUUGGAUAUAAGUGUGACAGAAUUGAAGCGAUACAAGCUUAUAUUACAAAUCGAUAUUGACGCACUACCAUUUUGAAACAUGAAAAUGGAAGUUCGUCGGAAAAAUCGAGGGUUUUUCAAAAUGGACCCAGUCGUGGACAUGGGAAGCCCGUUUAACGGCAAAAGGGACAAAAAUUGCAAUUUAAAAACUGAAAUAACACCGCCGGGUGUCAGUGGGAUUUUCCGACAGAAAUCGUUUGGUACUUGCGACCGUCAAUUGUCAACAUUGUCGUCGUAUGUGCGAGCUGCAUGUUCCUUGAACAACACAGCCGGUAACAUCGGAAAUUUAUUCACACGCAAAAUGGCGGCCAGUGCAAAUACAUCAUGUCCGUGGCCCAAUAGUCAAGAUGACUAUGAAUUACGAGAUGUCAUUGGUGUUGGUGCAACAGCGGUUGUAUAUUCAGCCUAUUGCAAGCCGAGGAAUGAAAAAUGUGCUAUUAAAAGGAUUAACUUAGAAAAAUGGAAUACAUCCAUGGAUGAGCUCCUUAAGGAGAUUCAAGCUAUGUCCAGCUGCAACCAUCUUAAUGUUGUCACAUAUUAUACCAGUUUUGUGGUCAAUGAUGAGCUGUGGCUGGUGCUGAAGCUGUUAGAAGGUGGAAGUCUCCUUGAUGUCAUAAAGCAUAAAAUGCGAGUAUCCAAUUGCAAGCAUGGUGUCUUUGAUGAGUCUACUAUUGCCACUGUAUUGAAAGAAGUUUUGAAAGGAUUGGAAUAUUUCCACAGCAAUGGACAAAUACACAGGGACAUCAAGGCUGGCAACAUUUUGUUAGGUGAAGAUGGAACAGUGCAGAUUGCUGACUUUGGUGUCUCAGCUUGGUUGGCAACGGGCAGAGAUUUAUCUAGGCAGAAAGUCAGACACACCUUCGUAGGCACACCAUGCUGGAUGGCACCUGAGGUCAUGGAACAGGACCAUGGCUAUGAUUUCAAGGCGGACAUUUGGUCAUUUGGUAUAACUGCUAUAGAAAUGGCAACUGGCACUGCACCAUAUCAUAAAUACCCACCAAUGAAAGUUUUAAUGUUAACUCUGCAAAAUGACCCACCGAAUUUAGACACAGGUGCAGAUGAAAAGGAACAGUAUAAAGUGUAUGGCAAGACAUUCAGGAAGAUGAUUAUAGAUUGCCUGCAGAAGGACCCGUCAAAGAGGCCGACUGCGACGGAGCUGUUGAAACAUCCAUUCUUCAAGAAAGCUAAAGACAAAAAAUAUCUCACUCAAACACUGGUUGCUAUUGGGCCUAGCAUGGAAACGCGUGUUCAUAAGGCAAGUAAACGCCAGCCCGGCGCUUCGGGUCGUCUUCACCGCACUGUUACUGGCGAAUGGGUUUGGAGUGAAGAAGAGGACGAAGGUGAAACACCGGGCUCAGACGAGGAAGCCCCAGACAAGCGCCCGAUGAACGAAUUGCAACGAGCUGACUCCAGCGGCAGUGACAAUGAUGACGAAUCUACUGUUCCUAAAGAAACUGCGCCUCGACCUGUAGCUUCGCCUCCUGCUCAGACUGAACCCAAUGUGGUCAACCUAGUGCUGAGGCUAAGGAACGCUAGAAAAGAGUUGAACGACAUACGAUUCGAGUUUAUCAACGGGAAGGACACGGCUGAGGGUAUAGCUGCGGAACUGGUUGGCGCGGGUCUAGUGGAUCCUCUCGACUCCGCACCAAUUUCUGUCAACCUCGCCAAGCUUUUACAAAUGCAGAAGCAGCCGCAGCCGCAGCCGGCGAAAACUGUGACAUUCCACUUGAAUUCGACUGGACCGAACGAAGAAUUUGACGACAAAACAUUAAUAGGUUUCGCGCAGAUAUCCCUCGUAGAUUUAGGUUAAAAACGACUUGUAAUCUCAUUCUAGUUGCUAUGUACUUGUAUUUCUUUCUAAAUGGUGCUAGCGAGUUUAGAUACCUAAAGUUCAUUGUAUUAUUAUUAUUUUUUUUAUUUGCAUUCGGCGCCAUAUUUCGCUGGCCGUUACGCGCCGGACCAAAGAUCUUUAGUUUUAAAUAUUAUUUUAUAUUAUUGAUAAAAAAAAAUUAACGAGCAUAUCAAGCUUUACCUCUCUGUAUUUAAAAUGAUCUUGAGGGGUUUUAAGUUUGAAAUCUUUAGGUUUAUGUUUAAUCUGUAUUCAAAUAAGUUUUGUGGCGAUAUUUUUUAUAGUAUUUAGUGUCGUAUUUGGACGCUGAUUUGGGUUCGUUUAUAAGGAAAAAUUUAAAGAAACUCAAAUGUCAGGAGUAGAUCUGACGUUUAGUAAAUUCGUAUUGGUCAUGCUUUAUUAUCAAAAUUCUCUGCCCGCCAGUACGCGUUUUUUUAAAAACGAAUAAAACUAUAUUCCACUUUUAAAAACGAAAUAUAAUAAUAUUACGCCUGUGUCUGCAACUUUUCUUAAAAAAAUAAUUGUGAUUAUAUAUCAGAGAAAACUCCUUGGUUAUCUUAAUAAUGCCUUUAGCAAAGAGUUGUAUAACUAAAAAAAUGAGUUUCCAUAAUAUAUGACAGUGACUACUUUUAUUACUAAAAUAAAAUAUGAUCGAUUUUGAUUUAUAUUAUGCGAUAUCGUCGAUAUGGAAUUUUAAAGUAGUCAUACAGUCUUAGUCCUUAUAAAUUUAUGAGUUUAUGAAAUAAAAUCCAAUGAAUAGGCGUAAUAUUAAUUAUAGCUACCGAGCAACAUCGUAUGUGUGUUGCCGACUUUAAUGUCUUAUGAUAUACAUUUUCAGCAAACCUUCCACGAAACUGUGCCUUCCAAUACAAUAUUUCAUACAUUUAUCGAAAAUAUAAUUUUGAAUAAUAAUAUAUCCAUUAGAAAAUAUUUCGUCACACUUUCUGCCAAUCUUGCUUACAUUCCGAAUAAUUUUGCAUUUCGCUUUACAAUAUUUAGACAUUUGUUUUAACUAAAUUUUCUCAUUUGUAAAUCAAAAAUAUAAUAUCAAAACUUAUUUAGAAACUCAUAAAAAGUACUUUUUUUAUAGUUUUAAUUUAAAUUUAAUACUAAAAUUAUAAGAAAAUUUUGACAUCAAAAUUUGACUCGAUUUACUCGACUGGACUUGAGUAUAUAUUGACAUUUUUAGAAUCGAUUUAUCUGAAAGCCUUUUGUCGUUUAACUAAAUAAAUAAAAAAGAUACUUUUUUGCAUUUGAUUGUGUUUAUGGUUUUCAACACGAAAAUAAUGCACACAUACUAAAUUUGGCUUAAAUUUGCUUAUAAAGAAAAAUAAAAAAUUAUAUAUUAAAUAAGACGAUGAUACUAAUUUAAUUUAUUAUUAUCGAACAUUACGGUUUCAAUUACGUAAUUUUUCGUUGAACCCUGUGCAUGUUUUGCGAAUAUUAUGAGGAAGGCGUCGUGAUUUUGACGUGCGAAUCGUAGUCUUUCCGAAAUACGUCGAAUACUCAUCGAUAAAUAGGGUAAUUGAAACUAUUUAUUACUGUCUUUGACUAUAAAAAAUUGUGCCAUUUAAAACUCCUUUUGCUGUUGCGUGGCUAUCGUCUUCCCUUGCCGGAAUAUAUCCAUAUAAAUAUUUAAUUUAACUUAACCGAUUUAGACUAACUUCUUCACUGAUGUAGUUAUGUGUAUUAGUGCAUACUUUUCUAUCUUAUCCCUCAUAUAAUAUUACUUUAAUAAGCCGCGUAGCAGGGAACUUUUCUAUAGCCGUUCAGGUGUUACCGAAAAAGUCAAUUCUGCAUUGACUGAAGUGUAUUAAAAAACAAGUAGCGGUCAUAACUUAUUGAACAAACAAUUUAAAUUAAAAACGACUAAGAAUAAAGCCCUAUAUUAAAAUUAUAUAUCUCCGCAUGAAUUAAUAAUGACACAAGAGGAAAAGUCACCCCGAGAUAUAUUAACAAUACUCUUAAAAAAAGUAUCUCUCUGUCAUAUUUUUUUUUAUUGAUUUAUGAUGUGAUUUACAAAAUACCCGACAUUUGUGAAUUUAGUUAAAUAACGUUUUACCGUUAUUCGAUUUUAUUGUACUGGCAAUGUUUACAAAUUAUACGGCAUUGCCAUAAUCAUUACCAGGGUAAAAUUAUAUCAAAACCGAAUUUCAAAAUAUUAUACUUUAAAAUCGUUUGAGUUUUUUUUCCAUCUUCGCUCGAAUAACGACUAAUAAGUAUUGAGUAUUUUAUUUUAAUACAUAAAAUUAUAAUAGACUUUUUUAUUCCCUUUUUUUUAGUAGUAUAUGAAACAUGAACAUUUUGAGUAAGAAUUUGUUGCGUACCAAAUUUUUUUUUAAAUAUUUAAGCACGUAAGAAUUAAAUUGACGUUAUAUUUGUUUUUAAUAAAUUUCGACAUGUUUUACAACCAUGUUCGUAUAAUAAGAAUCGUAAUCGACGAUCAGGAAAUCUCCAUGUUAAAACCCAUCGUUGUAGCGAAUAACUUACUAGAGAUCAUGUCUAAGUUAUACAAUUUUUACGUUGUUACACUCUGCAUUAUCUAAAUUUGUGCAAACCAGUUUGCGCAGUUAAGCGCGAGCAAUAAUUAUCCCACAAUUUCAUAAGCACGACCUCUGGGAAACUUGUACAGCAAUGUUUUUAUAUUCUUUCUUUUAAUUUCAAGCGUACUUUUUAUUCGCAGACAACAUUUAUUCUUUUCGUGUGGUUUUUUCGUUACUGUGCAAACAGGACUGUGCGAAGAGUGUAUAUGGGUAUUAAAAGUGGGUUUGUAUGUAAGCAAAUAUACGUGUAUUUGUUGCCUACACGUGAAUAGUUUUAGAUACAUGGAGUAUUGAAAAUUUUGUGUUUGUCCGUAAUCCCAUAGAAUAAUUAGUGAUCAAGCCUUCACUGCGCGCCUUUGUGGUAAGACAUCCACAUUUCAUUACUGCAAAUUGCAUUGUUAGUGUUUUAAAGUAAUAAAAGUCUAUAAUUAAUCUUGUAUCGUUAUAAUAUUUCAUUUUAAAAUUACUCGAGCUGAUUUGCAUGAUAUAUUCAUUACAAAAAUAUUAAUAUGUAACGAUAGUUUUGAAUCGAAAAAACUAAAUAUAUUGAUCGUAUUUUUUAUUACUUUAUCCACCGAAAAUAAUUGAGGAAAUACACUAAGAUGAAGUAUUAUUUAGUUGAUUUUUAUUUGUAUGACUUGUAUCCAAAUAUAAUUCAGAAAAGUUUGAAUUUUAUUGAAAUGGUAUUUGCUAAAAAGAAAUUCAAACCUAAAUUGAAAAUAAACGCGUGUCCUGUUAAUAUAACCGCAGUGACGUAAUCGUGUUCUGACAUUAUUAUGACAUGCGCAAUAAUUUUCUAUGUAAAGCAAAAAAAAUUAUUCAGUUUUUUUAAGAGCAAUAAAUGAGUUCGACUCGCCUCUCAAUUAUUAUGAAGUAAAAUUAAUAAGCUUAAUACCAUUUCUAGUGUAUCCGUUUUGUGUUAUGUUACAUGUAUAGAAUGUUGAUAUGUAAAUAAAAUAUUGUAUUCGGUAUCGUGUUUUACAUUUAUGAAAUUGGUGUCGAUUUUGUGCUAAAAUACUAAUAACUAAGUAGAAUUAUUUUACUAAUAAACUGUAUGACUUGUCUAAUCGACAUUGCAAAAUAUAAUAAUUAUGUUUAUGAACGGUAGUAAUAUCACAUUAAAUUAACUGAGUUUUUGUACGAAUUUCAAAAUAUAUAGCAUGUUUUUGAAUUACUAAUAUGAAUUGAAACCAAUGAGCGAUGAAAAUAGAAAAAAAAAAUUACGUUUCGACUGAUUAUUAUGACCACUACAGAAUAAAAUUGUAUUUUUUUUUUAUUUUAAUCGUCUAACAAAUCAUUUGAAGCGGGUAAAACGGAAGUUUUAUUAAAAAACUAUUUUACUGUAAUGAAUUAUUAUGUAAUCUGUCUCCUGUAAUCAAAUGAUAUCAAUUGCGCACCAAAAAUUGUGUCAAUAACUUAAUAAUUAUAUAUCUAAGAAAAUUGUGGAGUGGAAUCUGAAACUUAAUGAGAAUUUGUUUAAUUUUAUUAUUGACAUAGAUUGUUGUUAAUUGCAAUUAUCAAACUCGGUAAGGCCAAAGAUAAGAUUGGACCAGAACAAAAAUAUCUUUUAUAAAUGUCGGUGGGCCGGAAAAUAUCCCGUUAACGUCAUCAUCAGAUCGGAAUCGUGAAGGUCGACGCGUAUUUAAAUGAUCGGAAGUCGAUUUUGCGUGUACUAUAAAAAAAAUUUAUAACCAAACCUCGUGCCCGUUUCUUUCCAGCAGAUGUUCUAAAUAAAAACCGCGUUUAAUCCCAAGGUCGAAUAAAUACUUCGAGGAAGUCGUUUAACGGGAAUGUUACCGAAUAUUCUGGAACAUAAUAUGUUUUUUUUUUAUUUGGCCGCGUAGGAAUUAAUCGUUUCAAUGCGUAUUAUAAAGUUCUUGAGGACAAUUUCAUGAAUGUAAUGCAUGAAUAAAAUGUAAAUUGAAUGAUUACCUAUUGUGUGCCUUGCUUUGCUUAGUAAGUGAUAGUAUUAAGGCGUUCGAUAGGACUCGAACAUCAAUAUUGAAUUCGCUGUUUAAUUUGCACUUUUUUUCUUUUAAUUAAACAUACGCUGUUAUUUUCUAAAGACGUAUUGAACAAGAAAUGAUAAAUUUAAACGUUUGUUAAUUUUCUAGAUGUAACAUUACUAAAGUUUAUAAUAAUUAGAAAUAACAAAUAUUUCGAAUGGUGAAUAUUUGGACUAUUUAUAUACAUAUAAAUACUAUUUAAGAACGAGACAAUUUCUUUUACAUGUCCCCUAUAUUGUUAUCGAUGAUAUCAUUGUCAUUUAAUUUUUUUUUUUUGUAAUUCUGCGGCAUGUACUUACAAAUCUUUGAAUUCGAUAUAUUAAUGAUAUAUUUUCAUAUAAAAAAAGAAUUGUAGCUUAUCUUUGGUUUCGCUUAAUCGUAAAUUGUACUCUUGAAUUUUGUAGGUUAAUUUAUUUAUUAUUAUAAACUUAUAUGUAAUCUCAAAUGUUCCUUUUAGUUCGUAAAUUGUAAACGGGAUCCAGUUUACAGAAUAUAAUGCGGGAAAUUGACUAAUAGUAAUUAAUAUUAUAUCAAUAAUUAUUUGUGAAAGUAUAUGUGAAUUUCUUUAGUACAUGUGCUUUUUGCUUUUUUUUCUUAGUGAUAGUUGAAUUUAAUCGAUAUAUUUUACCGGUUGUACGAUUAAAUCAUAGAAUUGAAAUGUUGGCUGUAAAAUGUUAAGUUCGUGUUUAUGUCACGGUUAAAAAAAAAUCUGUAGUUAUUCAGUAUCAAAGUAUUUCACGGAUCUGUCAUUUUACCGCCAAUCAGUAUGUGUUUGGGUCUAAAAGUUAGUCAAGUAGGGUUCAUUCAAAGUAUAGCUUUUACAUUUUAAUCGAAUUUAAAAACAUUUUCUACAAUUUCAGAUAAUUGUACCACAUGCGUAAUUUAUAUUUCUAUUCUAUAGUUCAUCGUUUCUUAAACUGGGGUCGCGUCUGAAGCGGGGUCUUGGUUAUCUAGCAGGCGUUGGAAAAUUUUUAACAACCAAUGGGUUACGAAACAUUCUUUUAUUGAAUUUUACUAUUUCGAAAUUAAUUAUUAUCAUAUAAAUACAAUAAUAAAAGUUAUUAUAAAAUCAAUGAUUAUUCAUGCGAUUCGGUUCGUGACGUCCAUAGGUUGAGAAACGAUACUGUAGAUGUAUAUCGUGCACCUUUUUACAUACUCCAUAUAACACUAAUUUUAAUUCAUAGAUUUAAAUAUAGAUUAUAGAAUUGAUCCCUGGAUCGGCUGUCUAGUUUUAUAGAGAACAUUGGAUUCGUGUGGGUAUUAUUGUCGUGUUUACGAUAAUGGAAGAAGGGAUAUUAAAUCGAAUACAAUUCCUAGUGAUUCACUUUUAUCUUGAUGUUUAAAAGUAAAUAUUUAAAAAUAUCUGUGGUUUAUGUAAAUUAUCGCUACCGAGCGAACGUACCUUGUAGUAUUGCUUGCUACUUGUCGUUGACAAUCGCUUUCAUUCGGUUUUAUACUUCGAGCCGAUGGAUUGCUUUAAAAUGAAGUACCUACGACGUUCAACCGUUACUGCAUUCUCGUAAUAAAAAUGGUCAACGUGAACGUGAUUGUGAUCGACAAUAAGCCUCCAGGUUUAUAAAACUGAAUCUUCUUAGUUUUAUUCUGAGCAAAUUAUUUAUGUAAUUUAACUUUAGUGAUUUUAAGUAAAAUAUGUGUGUUUUGAUAAAGACGAUAUAUUAAAAAUAUGUUUGUAUACGAGAUGGAUUCUGUAAACUGAAGCGGGAACGAAAUAAAAAUAUUAAAUAAAUGUCUAACA